CAAACGCAAACAAAUGCUAGUACUAAAAAUCUCACAAAAAUAUCAGGUAAAAAUUUAGCAAGAAACAGACUGAGCAAGACUAGUAACACCAAUGGAAGCUCUGAGAUACUUGAGCAUUGGCAUCUCUAGUUCCCGCUUUCUACCACCACUUCCACCGCCACCACCCCCCAACACCACCACGACCACCACCACUACCAAGAAGCCCCACAAACUCAACGCCGUCAGCGGCGGCCCUAGCAGCCUUCCCAACAACUUCUCCGCCAGCAAAUGGGCUGAUCGCCUCCUCUCCGACUUCCAAUUCCUCCCUUCCACUGCCGCUUCCUCCGACUCUCCGGACUCUCCCUCCGCCGCCGCCACUCUCUUUCCUCCUCUCCCUCCCCAUCUGGCCCCUCCCGAGCGCCACGUGUCCAUGCCCAUCGACUUCUACCGAGUGUUGGGUGCCGAAAUGCACUUCCUUGGGGACGGUAUCAGGAGAGCCUACGAAGCUAGGGUUUCGAAACCACCUCAGUAUGGUUACAGUCAAGACGUCUUGAUUGGACGAAGACAGAUUCUUCAAGCUGCUUGCGAAACUCUGUCAAACCCUAGGUCCAGAAGAGAGUACAAUCAAGGCCUUGCUGAAGAUGAAUUCGAUACCAUCCUCACUGAUGUCCCCUGGGAUAAGGUUCCUGGAGCUUUGUGUGUGUUACAAGAAGUGGGAGAGACUGAGGUAGUUCUUCAAAUUGGAGACAGUUUGUUAAGAGAAAGGUUGCCCAAGUCAUUUAAGCAAGAUGUUGUCUUGGCUAUGGCGCUUGCUUAUGUUGACAUGUCGAGGGAUGCAAUGGCAUUGUCGCCACCGGAUUUUAUUAAGGGCUGUGAAGUGCUUGAGCGGGCAUUGAAAUUGUUGCAGGAGGAAGGCGCAAGAAGUCUUGCUCCAGAUUUACAAACACAGAUUGACGAGACGUUGGAAGAGAUCACCCCACGUUGUGUUCUGGAGCUUCUAGCUUUACCACUUGCUGAUAAGUACCAGACAAAAAGGGGAGAGGGUCUUCAAGGUGUACGCAACAUUUUGUGGGCUGUUGGAGGUGGGGGCGCAGCUGCCAUUGCUGGGGGAGUUACCCGUGAAGAUUUCAUGAAUGAGGCCUUCUUACAUAUGACAGCAGCAGAGCAGGUUGAUCUUUUUGCUGCCACGCCAAGUAAUAUACCUGCAGAAAGUUUUGAAGUUUAUGGUGUGGCACUUGCACUUGUUGCUCAGGCCUUUGUGGGUAAGAAACCUCAUCUCAUUCGAGAUGCUGACAACCUUUUUCAACAACUUCAGCAGACCAAGGUUACAGCUCUUGCAAAUCCUGCCCAUGUCUAUACUGCUAGGGGAGAAAUCCAUGAGAUGGACUUUGCAUUGGAGAGGGGUCUCUGUUCACUGCUCAUGGGAGAGCUUGAUGACUGUCGCUCAUGGUUGGGUUUAGACAGUGACAACUCACCUUAUAGAGAUCCAUCUAUUGUUAACUUUGUUUUGGAACAUUCCAAGGAUGACAAGGACAAUGAUUUCCUUCCUGGACUUUGUAAAUUGUUGGAGACAUGGUUGAUGGAGGUGGUUUUCUUCAGAUUCAGAGAUACUAAAGAUAUAACAUUCAAGCUCGGAGAUUAUUAUGAUGAUCCCACAGUCUUGCGAUAUUUAGAAAGACUGGAGGGAGUUAGUGGGUCACCAUUAGCUGCAGCCGCUGCCAUAGUAAAAAUUGGGGCUGAAGCUACAGCAGUGCUUGAUAGUGUGAAGUUUAGUGCAAUUCAAGCAUUGCAGAAGGUGUUUCCUCUUGGGCAAGGAAAUGGGAAUGUGAAAUGUCAAGAAGAUGAAGAGGUUAACAGUUCUGUUACUCCUUUAGAAAGCAAGGAGCCUGGGGUACAACAGGAUCAAGAUGAUUCCACCAACAUACUUGAUGGUCCUGAAAAAAAUAAUGCUGAUGAAACACAGAAGCAAGAAAUGAUUACUUCCGAAAUAAAAGAUGCAAGUAUAAAGAUUAUGUGUGCUGGUGUGGUAGUUGGACUCAUUUCUUUGGUUGGCUUAAAGUAUUUACCAUUUCGGAAUGGCUCUUCAAUUCUACGCAAAGAAGUUGGUUCAGCAAUGGCUUCUGAUGUUAUCAAAGUAGGGUCCUUGGUAGCUGAAAAUUUGGAGGAAAUGCCUAGAAUGGAUGCAAAAUUUGCAGAAGGUCUGGUUCAGAAGUGGCAGAACAUUAAAUCCCAGGCUCUUGGACCUGAUCAUUGCCUCGGAAAAUUGUCUGAGGUCUUGGAUGGUAAUAUGCUAAACGUUUGGAAAGACCGUGCUGCAGAAAUUGCUCAACAUGGUUGGUUCUGGGACUACUCUCUGUUGAAUUUGACAAUCGACAGUGUGACUGUGUCAGUUGAUGGGCGGCGUGCCAUUGUGGAAGCAACUCUUGAAGAGUCAGCAUGCCUAACUGAUGUGGGCCAUCCAGAGCACAAUGAUUCAUACUACAACACGACGAGGUAUGAGAUGUCAUGUACACCUUCAGGAUGGAAGAUUACAGAAGGAGCUGUCCUCAAAUCAUGAUUGGGAAUUUAGGAUACUGCAAAAGCUUUCAUGUAAAUAUUAGCUUUUGUUUCCUCGAGUCUUAUUUACGUUUUGUAGCUCAAUUAUUGGUUACUUUGUUGAACUAGUAAGGUUUUUCUGAUUAUAUGUAAAUGUGUGUUGUUGCAGCAUCUUGCAAGGCUGCCAAACAAUGUGUUGUGACUUGUGUAUUGUUGCAGCUUCUUGAUUGUGCAAAUCACAGUGCCGGGAUUAUUGAGUGCACAACUUGUAAAGCAUUUUGUUUU